AUGGCUGUCAAACAGUUCUACUUACUGGGUGAAUCCAGUACAUCACCUCGAAGUAUCGAGGUGGAACCCACUCUCGACUUUGAAGGCAUUCAGCAUCUCAUCGCCGGCAAUUUCGCAGUUGUAGAGCCAGAUGGGGUGGGCUUCCAGUCUGAGGAUUCAUCCUUGUACACCGUCUCAGAAAUCCUCUCCAACGAGAAAUCCAUUGCUAUCACGAUAGAUGGCAAGGCUGUGCGAGAAAUCCCCGGUCCAAAGGGUCUGCCUUUUAUUGGAAACUACCUUGAAGUAUACCCCGAUCAUCUGGGAAACCAUCAACGUCUUUUCGAAACAUAUGGUCCCAUUAUCCAAACGACCAACAUGGGCCGCACAGUCUACCAAACGAACGACCCCAAAUUGUCCUUGAUUAUGUUCGCCGAGUCAGAUUUCUUCACCAAGAAAAUUAAUGAGGCGCAUCCCCUGCAUCCCAUCAAGAAUAUUCAAGCAGGUGUGUUCUUGGGAGAUACUGAUACUCCAGAGUGGCGUGCUGCUCACAAGUUCCUUCCACCAGCCUUGGGACCCAAGGCCGUUCGUCACUAUGCUCCAACAAUGCAGGCCACUGUCGAGGAUUCAUUCAAGGUGUUUGAUCAGCUGGAUGAACAGGACGAAGCCUGGAAUGUUUACCAGUACAUGCUAAAACUGGGUUCACAGGCCGUUGGCAAGCUGAUUCUCGGUAUCGACUUUAAGCAUUUCACAUCUCCUGAUGCCCCACUACAUGAGCUUGUAUACCGCAUUGCUGAGUCUUUGGAACUCAAUAAGAAAGUGACGGCCCGUGGUGACUGGUACGCCAAGCUACCUUUUGGUGACCCAAAGCGAUUGCGCGAUGCGAAAUGGCGCAUAGUUGAGAUGGUCAAUGAGUCGAUUGAAAACACUUCACUGGGAGGAAUUGAGGAUUUACCCCUUCAGGAUGCUGCUCUCAAGGCAUCCAACAUGAUUGACUACAUCAUUCGUGCGACGGACAAAAAGGGCGAGAAGCUUCCCAAGACCAGUCUGAUGGAGGCCCUGGUGGUUGCGACUGGAGCGGGAUUCACCACGACUAGCUCUCUACUGUCAUGGCUACUCUACUCGGUAGUCAGCUACGAGGGAAUGCAAGAACGUCUGCUGCAGGAGCUGAUCGACUACGGCAUCGAUUCGGAUACCCCAAUGACAGCCGAUCUCACAGACAAAUUGACCUUCCUCGACCGCUUCAUCAAAGAGACGCAGCGCCGCCAUAAUCCCUCUUACCAACCUGCCCGCACUUCCAAGGUUGACAUGAUUCUUCCUGGUGGUUACAGGCUCCCUCAAGAAGCUACUGUCAUCCCGGCUCUGCAUCAUGUUCAUAAUAAUCCAGAUAUCUGGGAUAAUCCUGCACGAUUUGAUCCCGAUCGAUGGGAUCGGGAUGAAGUGAAGAAUCGUCAUAAGGGAGCGUAUAUUCCAUUCGCUACAGGUCCAAGAAUGUGUAUCGGAUUCAGCUUUGCCCUGCAGGAAGUGAAGGUUUUCCUGCCAAAGUUGCUCUAUCGGUAUAAAUUCUCGAGAGCAGACGACAAGCCUAUUGAAUACGACCCGAUGUUCCAGUUGAUCAGACCGACCAACUUAUAUGUUCGGGCAGAGCGACGAGUGAAAUGGCCUCUCAGGACUGAGACGGCCAGUUGA